ACCCUUUAUCAACCCCUUAAACACCAAAAGCUAGUAGCUAACCCUUUCUUUGUUAUUCCACUCCUCCCCCUUAGAAAAUAAAUUGUUUUUCUUCCUCAUCAAAGAAUGGCUUCUUUAACCAUUCAGGCACCUUUUUUUCUCCUCAUUACCAUCAAUCUAUGCCUCCGAGUCGCUUAUGGCGACUACGGUGGCGGUUGGGUUAAUGCUCAUGCCACAUUUUAUGGUGGAGGUGAUGCUUCCGGCACUAUGGGAGGAGCAUGUGGAUAUGGAAAUUUAUACAGUCAAGGAUACGGGACUAGCACUGCUGCUUUAAGUACAGCUCUGUUCAACAAUGGGUUGAGUUGUGGGGCUUGUUUUGAGCUUCGCUGCAACGACGACCCAAAAUGGUGUCUUCCAGGGAGUAUAAUUAUCACAGCUACUAAUUUCUGUCCACCAAACCCAGCUCUGCCAAACAACAAUGGCGGAUGGUGUAAUCCUCCAUUGCAACACUUUGAUAUGGCUGAGCCUUCUUUCUUGAAGAUUGCCCAGUACCGUGCUGGGAUUGUCCCUGUUUCCUACAGAAGGGUACCUUGUGUAAGAAAAGGAGGAAUUCGGUUCACAAUCAAUGGACACUCUUACUUCAACUUGGUACUCAUCACCAACGUUGCUGGAGCCGGUGACGUCCAUUCGGUGUCGAUCAAGGGUUCUAAGACCGGAUGGCAGUCCAUGUCAAGAAAUUGGGGCCAAAAUUGGCAGAGUAACUCUUACCUCAAUGGACAAAGUCUCUCAUUUCAAGUUACUUCUAGUGAUGGACGAACUGUUACUAGUAACAAUGUUGCUCCUGCUGGUUGGCAGUUCGGCCAAACUUUUGAAGGUCGUCAAUUUUAACUUAAGCGGACAAAUUUCUUAAUGUAGUAUUUGGGAAUAAGUAUUUCCUUUCAAAUUCUCAACUUUAACUGCUUUAAAAAACAAUGGUAGAAAAAUUUUGAUUUGCCAAACAAUAAAUUUGAGUAAAUUUUAAAUUUGAAAAUGAAAACAUCGUUCCCAAAUAUAACAUGAGAAAAUAAUUCCUUAAGAAAUUUCUAGAAUUAUAGAAAAUUAGUAGUACGAAAAAUUGUAUAUGGGUAUGAGUAUGGAAUUGGUAAUUGGUAAGAAAGGGUCCGUUAGAAAAUGUGGCCUAUAUAUAAAUAUGUUGCAGUGGUGCCUUGAAUAGCGCCCGCUAAAGGCCAUCUUUGAUUAUAAUAGAGAUGCAUAGGCAAAAUAUGGUUUUAGAGAGUGUUGCCUUAGAAAUGGUGUUCUUUUGCCUGGUUUUAUAGGCAAAAGUAAGCAUUAUUUCCUUUUUUUACUUGGAUGAUCUAAUUUUGUCAGGUGGUGUAAUCCUGUUUUUAUUACAUUCAUGUAUUAUGAACUUUUAUCAAUGUAAUCUCAAUAAUAACAAACUUUUAUCCUUC